AUGCAGGGUGUCCCAGCAUCCCAGCAUGCGUUGCUCGUCACCAAGAAUUUGUUCAAUUAUAGCAAUAUGGGUGAUCGAUACGACGAAGACAAGGAGAGGCGGCAGGAUCCUCGAGAUCAUGAUGAAGAGCGACGUCCAUGGAGAGACUACUACUCAGAAGAUCGUCAUUCUCAACAGCAGCAACGACGAAGCUCACCAUCGAGGAGAGACGAUUCAAGAGACCAACACAAUGAAUCUCGUCCAAGAUAUAAUGGAAGCCAUUCAGCAGCAGUGAAUUUCGAACAACGACGACAACAACGCAUGGACAACACAUUCAGUAUAUGGCCUGCAUCGCCACCACCUCCAAAAAGAAGAUCUCCUUCUCCGCAGCAAGAUAGUGAUGAUUCAGAUGUCAAGAGAAAAUCAAAAGCUUCACGAAAGCGAGAUGAUUCUGAUGCGUCUGAUGACGAACGAAAGUCCAAAAAGAAGAAAUCCAAAAAACACAAACACAAAAAGUCUUCGAAGAAGCGUAGCAGAGCUGAUUCUGCUGGAUCGGAAGAAGAUGUAGAAGACAAGAAGAAAAAGAAGCAAAACAAGAAGAGGAGGCGAUCUGAAGAAGACGACAAGGACUCGGACGAUGAUGAUUCAGAUCAAGAAGAUGUACCAUUCAAAUCAGAAUCUGGAUCUGCUGACGAGACAGUCAAGGAUUAUUGGGCGGUGAAGAAAGUACAACAAGACGACGAUAUUAUGGUUGGACCAGCACCACUUCCAUCCAUGGAUGAUGGCAGUCUCAACCCUUCGUAUGGCGGUCAACUCAUGCCCGGAGAAGGAUCAGCUAUGGCUGCAUAUAUUGCAGCAGGAAAACGUAUACCACGUCGUGGUGAAAUUGGUCUCAAUUCAGGUGAAAUUGAAAACUAUGAAAAGGCUGGAUUUGUCAUGAGUGGAUCUAGGCAUCGUCGUAUGAAUGCUGUACGUGUGAGGAAGGAGAAUCAAGUCAUCAGUGCUGAAGAAAAGAGAGCUCUCAUGUCAUUCAACCAAGAGGAGAAGGCGAAGAGAGAGGCCAAGAUUAUUGCAGAUUUCAAGGAAAUGGUGUCUGACAAGAUACGUAAAGUUCAAGGUCCUGGUGCCAAUCCUGAUAUGUAA